UCGCUCACUCCCACAGUGACGUGAUGAGAAAAGUUAUCACAAUGUGCUGAGAAGGAGGGAACAGACACAAGAGCAAAGACUGUUCACAGUAACGCCAGCUACCGUGGCCGAGCCGCUAACGGGAAGUUCUUCUAACGGAGGGAGCUUUAUAUAGUUACUUUUUAUUUAUUUAUUUAUUUAUUUGUGUGAGGAGUAUUUAUUUAUAUCAAAGAUGAAUGGAGGCUCCAGAAGUCUGUGCACAUUCGAGGACAUCAGAAAUCAAGAACAUGGGGAGGGGUGCAGGCGUAUGCGGCUCACACUACACGACCAGAGCCAGGCAUCUCGGAGCACGGAGCAGCACAGGGACAAGCCGAUUGGACGAGCGUUUGCACUGGUGCAGCCGCCCGCUGACAGGACAUCAUUGAGUCCUGAACCGAUCAAAUCAACAGAAGAGCAGGUGGAGGUUAUCAAGGUGUAUCUAGAGGCCCGCAGACAAGAGCAGCAGAAACACCAACAGAGCCUGAAGAUGUUGUCAGAUGAAGUUUCCCAGAUACAGGAGGUGAGGUAUUGCCUGAAGACGCUGAGGGAGCAGAUGGCAGCCAAAAACAAGCCGGUGACAAACGGGUGGAAAGUUGGUCUGCCCUUCAGAAAGAGUGCUGCGCCUGCCCCCAGCAGAGGAGGGAAAUCUGACGCACAGGAGGCAGAUGAAGAAGCGGAAAGAGUCAAGCUGAGGGAGGUCAGUAAGCGCUUGUAUGCACAGCUACAGGAAGCAGAAAAGAAACACCAAGAGGAAAAAGAGAGGCUGCAGGCUGAAGGCAGCAGGCUGAGGCAGCAUCUGAGCGAUGAGGAGGAGAAGUUGAAGAUUACAGAGGAAGCAAGCGAGAGGAAAGACAAGCGCAUCGACGAGCUCCAGAGGUUGCUGGGAGGGAUGGAGCAGGAGAGUGCCAGCCUGCGGGAGGCAAUCCGCAACCGCGAGGAAGAACUGCGUGAACUGCGCAAGAUCAGAGAGGAGGGCCAGAAAGGGGAUCAGAGGAGUGAGCAAUUGGAAAAGGAGGUGGCUAUUCUCAAAGAAAAGAUCCACCAUCUGGAUGACAUGCUAAAAAGCCAACAAAGGAAAGUCAGACACAUGAUUGAACAGCUCCAGAACUCCCGCAUGGUGAUCCAAGAGAGGGAUCGUGUGAUCAAAGAGCUGGAGGAGAAAGUGGCUUUCUUGGAGGCUGAGAACCGAGAGAUGCAUGACCAGAUGGACUACUUCCUGGGAGGACAAAGAUCAAAUUCCUACCUUUCAACAGAGCGCAACCCCCAGAUUGUCUAUAGUAAACCACUCAAGCCGUCCAACUCAUCCAGCAAACCACUACCUUUCAUCAAAGUCAUCGAGAUCAGGUCAUAAAGACACUGUGCAGAAGAAAGACAGCAGUUGUCAAGGAGGGCUCAGAACCACCACAUCUUUUCAAUUCAGACUGAAAACAAACAGCAGCUCUACAACCACAUCUGAUAGCAUUAAUAGGUGGGAUGUCAGAGUUGAGCUUCCUGGACUACCUAACUACAUCAACACUUCCACAUAGACCACAAACACGCUUGACGGACACUGUGUGGUGUUUGGCGGCACACACACGCAUCAGGGCAUGCAGUGUCUGUGCUUAAUAUAUGAAUUAAUGAAUGAAUGAAUGUAUGUUAGCUUUAAUGUACAGUAGAUACAUGAAUGUAGAUACAGUAGGCAUGCUGAUUUCGCUGAUGUGCAUUUGAAGUUUUACAUGUAAUACUGCGUGCUGUAUGCAAGUGUUUUCUUGUGCUGCCCUGUUUUGAUUGCUGUUUUAACCUUUUGAGUUUGACAGUUUAGCGUUGCCGUUCAAAACAGAACUGUUGAGUGAAAUGCAGGAUGGCAGUCUACAUACGGUAAUGUAGCAAACAUACUGUAGCUAACUAAGCUAAAGGUUUCAUGUAAAAAUCAUUAACCCGAUGAUUUUCAUCUGUUGUCCGUGUACUCAUCCAUGACUUUUCUGAGUGAAUGUUUAAGCCCCAAACAAUAUGGCACUUCAUGAACAGAGACAGCAGAAGGAAAAAUGUUGAUGUUGAAGACAUUUGACAUUACUGCUUCAUAGAAGUGUCAUUAUUCUACAUAUUUCCUGUAAACCAUUUCAGUUUCCUGUCAGUAUGAACAGUCACCUUUUUUGUAUAUAUUAAUGUGAUUUGAUUUUUGUGAUUUGUUUAAAUUUCUACCUAACAACUUUCUUCUUUAUAUUUAUUUAUAUUAUAAAACCUCAAGACAAAU